CGGCCUUGGAUUAUAACGUAGAUAAUCAAAACAGUGAUGGCUGCUCGUGGCUGCUCAAGUGCUCAUUGAAGUUUUCCGACCCGUAAUUAUUUUCACUCCGGUGAUAUGGGCAUAUGGCCGUCACACCUAUAUCCCCUAAUCUACAUCAUCAACAUCGAUAAAAUUCUCGUCAACUCGGACGUUACGUGCAAGUAAUUACACCGUUCAAAAUGCCCGAUCCGGAUUGUGUCAAAAUAAUGGCUUUGGGCCACCAGCAGUUCGCCAUUGGAACACUUUACAAUUACGCCGUAGAUAUAAUUGUGCCAAAUAUGCUCUUGUGGGAUCCAGACGAUGUGGCCAAUUCAAUUGUUGUUAAAACGGAAACAAAAAAGAAUGUCAAGGAUCAUUCAAUGGCGACUGAGCAAACCAGUGAUGAUGAUGAGGACGAUGAAACAGAACACAGGUCUUGGCUAUCUGAUUUAGGAAUGGAUGAUCACACGGCAAUGAGUCUGAUGACCGGCAUGUUGCGUCCACCAUCGGGAGGAGCUUGGCAGUACGCGGCUGACUGGGCGGACUGGAAGGCGGAAACGUUUGGCCGUAAAGCCGAAGUGGCGGUUCAUUGUUGUAGCUUCAGCAAAAAAGUCUCGGCGGUCGAUUCCAAAACUCAACUGGAAAUCAUUUGCCAUCCAGAAAAAUUAAUGAAGAGCGGAGCCACUCACGUCGUCGUGGCCGUCACUUAUGGCCUGGAAGCUUUUUGCAUUUUCUCCCGUCAACAGCCAAAGUCAAACACGACAACUGACGAUGAUGACGAAGCCACCGAAAGAAUGCGGAACUACGCCCGCAUAUUCGCCGAUCGGCUCACGGACGAUAGAAACCAUUUAGAAGCGGAUCAGGAUCAAGAAGGUGACGAAGAAGACGGCGGACAAUGUUUCAUACCGCUAGACUUGCAGUGCAUUCUCUACAGCGAUUUAAAUCAAGUUAAAACGGCGCAAAAAGCUGGACGUCUAAUCCCGUCGCAGAACAGUACGAAGCCUGCAGGGCGGUAUUGAGCCAUCCAGCCAACAAGGCGAUUCCGCUGAAAGUAUUACUGUACCCACUCCAUAAAUUGAUGCCUAAUGUCGAAGGUAAACUUAAGAUCCCACCAAAUCUUCGUGAUGUGUCGCCGAAUCUAGUGCUUCGUUGUCAAAUGAUAUGGAACCGUUUGCAACGAAUUCGUUGCGACACGGACGAUUUGAUUGACGAUUU